AGCCUCUUCCCCAGCUCUGGGUUGGAGGCCGCGGAGACACCUAAAAGAAUGAAGGGGCGCCCGAGCCCGUGGCGCCCCCAGCCGGAUCGCGAGCGGGCCCCGGCGGCCCCCGGCUCGGCGCACUCUCGGGUGCCGGGCCCCCGGGCUCGGCGAGCAGCCGCCGCCCGGGCGCGAGCAAGAAGGCAGGGCGAGCAGCCGGAGCAGGAGGAGGCAGUGGCAGCGUCGGCGGCAGUGGCGGGCCCGCGGUAGCUGCGGUGGACGAGCCCGGGGCUGGGGCGCCUGGGCGUGGAACCCCCGAUCCCCGUCUCAGCCAAGCGAGGAUAAAGCCCCCUGGCCGCUCCUGCAGCCUACACCGUGCGGCACAAAGGGCAAGCUGCGACACGCACCCAUCCCCCUCUCAGCUCGGGGUGGCCCGCGGCCCGGGGUGGCAGGAGUGAGGUGGGGGAAGCCGCUCCGCCCCUCGCUCCCCCUCCCCCGGGACCCGGCGAGCGCGCCGCCCCGCCCCCGCCCGUCUGCCCGUCCUCCGGGGGAGGGGUCGGGGGGCGCGGCGCCCACAUAACACUCCCCCUACUGCGCUCGGAGCCACCCCUCUCCCCUCCCUCCUGCAAACACCACCGCCUCUCCUGCCACCGCCGCCACCUCGCCCGACGCUCCGCAGCUCGCCGCGGCCGGUGGGCGGUGCGCGGACCGUGCGCGCCGGGGGCGCCAGAUGUGCAGUCCCCGCCGCCGCCAGUGACCCAGCUGCAGCCCUAGAGGGAUCCGGCCGCCUCUCCAAUGCUGUGGGAGCGGCCCUGAGCGCACCCCGACUUCCUUCGGCGGGGACCCCGAAACCCAGAGCACUGUGCCGGGUCCUGCCUUUUCCAUCACGCUCACCUCGAGUUUGGACAUGGAGGGGGCCGCUGCGCCCGCGCCCCGGGAUGGUCACGACUUGGUGCCGGGGUCGCCGGGCUCUCCCCUGGAGGCGGUGGCGGGGGCGACCGCAGCCCCCGCAGCGGCGGCCCCGGAGCCCAGAAAGCCGCACGGGGUGAAGCGGCAUCACCACAAACACAACUUGAAGCACCGCUAUGAGCUGCAGGAGACCCUGGGCAAAGGCACCUACGGCAAAGUCAAGAGGGCCACCGAGAGGUUUUCUGGUCGAGUGGUUGCUAUAAAGUCCAUUCGUAAGGACAAAAUUAAGGAUGAGCAAGACAUGGUUCACAUCAGACGAGAGAUCGAGAUUAUGUCAUCCCUCAACCAUCCUCAUAUCAUCAGUAUUUAUGAAGUGUUCGAGAACAAAGACAAGAUUGUGAUCAUCAUGGAGUACGCCAGCAAAGGAGAGCUGUACGACUACAUCAGCGAGCGGAGGCGCCUCAGCGAGAGGGAGACCAGACACUUCUUCCGGCAGAUCGUCUCCGCCGUCCACUAUUGUCACAAGAACGGUGUGGUCCACCGGGACUUGAAGCUGGAAAAUAUACUGCUGGAUGACAACUGCAAUAUUAAGAUUGCCGACUUCGGGCUCUCCAACCUGUACCAGAAGGACAAGUUCCUGCAGACGUUUUGUGGCAGCCCCCUCUACGCAUCUCCUGAAAUUGUCAACGGGAGGCCUUACCGAGGGCCAGAGGUGGACAGCUGGGCCCUGGGCGUGUUGCUUUACACUCUCGUGUAUGGAACAAUGCCCUUCGAUGGUUUCGAUCACAAAAACCUCAUCCGGCAGAUCAGCAGCGGAGAGUACCGGGAGCCCACGCAGCCCUCAGAUGCUCGAGGACUCAUUCGGUGGAUGCUGAUGGUGAACCCUGAUCGCCGGGCCACCAUCGAGGACAUCGCCAACCACUGGUGGGUGAACUGGGGCUACAAGAGCAGCGUCUGUGACUGCGAUGCCCUUCACAACUCCGAGUCCCCACUCCUGGCUCGGAUUAUCGACUGGCACCACCGUUCUACGGGGCUACAGGCUGAGACUGAAGCCAAAAUUAAGAGCCUGGUGAAACCCGGGGCUUCGGAGGUCAUGCUGGAGCGGCAGCGGUCGCUGAAGAAGUCCAAGAAAGAGAAUGACUUUGCCCAGUCUGGCCAGGACUCGGUGCCCGAAAGCCCAUCCAAGCUGAGUUCCAAGAGACCCAAGGGGAUCCUGAAGAAGCGAAGCAACAGCGAGCAUCGCUCUCACAGCACCGGCUUCAUCGAAGGUGUCGUCGGUCCUGCCUUACCCUCUGCUUUCAAGAUGGAGCAGGACCUGUGCCGGACUGGCAUGCCCCUCCCGAGCUCCCCUGAGGCAGAGGUGCCAGGUAAACUCAGCCCCAAACAGUCAGCCACCAUGCCCAAGAAAGGCAUCUUGAAAAAGACGCAGCAGAGAGAAUCGGGUUACUACUCCUCCCCAGAGCGCAGUGAGUCCUCGGAGCUGCUGGACAGUAACGACGGGAUGGGCAGCGGCAUUCCGUCCCCUAGCCCUCCGGACCCAGCCCGGGCGACUGCCCACAGCCUCUCCUGCCGCAGGAAGGGCAUCUUGAAACACAGCAGCAAGUACUCCACAGGCGCCGCGGACCCCGCCCUCGCCAGCCCCGACAUGCCCACACUGGAAUCCUUGCUGGAGCCCAGCGCCCCCUCUGGGGAGGGCCUCUCCCGGAGCUACAGCCGGCCUUCCAGCAUCAUCAGCGAUGACAGUGUCCUGUCCAGCGACUCCUUUGACCUGCUGGAUUUGCAGGAGAAUCGCCCUGCCCGCCAGCGCAUCCGCAGCUGCGUCUCUGCCGAAAACUUCCUCCAGAUCCAGGACUUUGAGGGGCUCCAGAACCGGCCCCGGCCCCAGUACCUGAAGCGGUACCGGAACCGGCUGGGAGACAGCAGCUUCUCCCUCCUCACGGACAUGGAUGACGUGACUCAGGUCUAUAAGAAAGCGCUGGAGAUCUGCAACAAACUCAACUAGCUCCCCAGGGUGUGGGGGCAGGGUGGGGGUGGGUACCAGGGAGGAAGGGAAGUAAUGACUUGUGCUGACCAGCUGGUUACCUCUUUGCUGGCCAUGAUAAUCGACAGAAAAAGGGUUGGUGCCAUCUUGCUUGGCCUAGUUUGCAGCCUCGAGCCAGCAGGUGGGCUCUCUGCCAGUCCUGUCAACCGCCAGUCAGAAUUUGGGUCCUAAUUGGCAUGGGCUUUAUGGCACCUCCUAGAGGACCAGCUGUCCAGGGGAGGUGGUGUUGGCCAGCACUUAGGGAGUGGGGAGGAAGCAUAUGGGAGAGGGAGCAUUUCCCUAGAAGUUGUCCAAAUGCUUCUGGAGGAGGGACAGGAGAGACUGGGGCCAUCUGCUUUGGGUGAGCUCGGAGCUUGCUUUUUCUCUCCUCACUUUAGCAAGCUUGGUCUGGCAGAAUGGGGUUGGCAAAUAGAUUUCAGCAACCUGCACUUGAAUCGGUGAUUGAUUGGUAGUGGCUGCUGGCUGUGCUGGUGUGAGUAAGGCACAUGGGAAGCAGUGCUGUGAUCAAACAGUCAUGGCUGCCGUGGGGAUGGGAAUAGGGGCGGUAGCACUGAUGCCAUAGUUGCCAUCCUUGACCUGGCAAGGCGCCUGGGAAUUAGGUUAGGGCAUCCUGUGGGAUCUGUGUUAUCUUUUAAUGCUACUGGUGUGGCAUUUGUUAAUUUGCUACCUUGAAUGGAAGACAGGGCCUUGGUCAGAGAGAAAAGGCUCUGAACUUGGCUAAGGACUUAGAGUCAGCCCAUAGUGAUUUUUUGGCUUCUUCCCAGAUGUCUGCCUUGUUCUUCAGCACAACUUCCUAAGGGUGGAUGGGGAAAGGAUGGCAGUGUCAGGGGUCAAAACCUCGGUGUAUAAUAGAGCUUGGGACUCUGUGGUCCUUGCAUGGAUGAAUGGAAAUUGACCCACACCAGCAACAGGGCAACUUACCGAUUUCUUUAACAUCUCAGUUUGAACUGGAAUGCCGCCUCUUGGGUUCCUUCUCACCUGCACGAAUGCUCUGAAUUGGAUGCAGUACUGUCCAUAGUCCCCAAAGGAGCAACUGGCUCACCCAUUGACCCUGUUUAGUAAUAGCAGACGGUUUCCCUACCCACCAAAUGUGGGAUCCUCGGAGGUAGGCGAGUUUGCUUCUAGGGAGUUAGUGUGUGGGUGGGAUAUUUGGGUGAGGAAAGGAAGGUCAGGCAGAAGGGGCUUCCCCCCAGAUCUAGGCAUUCAGUGCCAUGGGUGUGAACUCCUGGGCUUUGGGGGCGAAGAAUGUUUCAUCCAUUCAAGCGAAUAAGGUGUUGAAAGAGCGGAGUGGGUGGGAGGAAACACACAGAGGAGGAGACAUUUCCCUAAAAGCCACCCAUGUGGUUCUGGAGGAGGCGGAGGAGCCAUGUGAUAGGAUUCUUAUCUUAAAAAGCAACCGGACUAGGUAUUUAACUUCUGGACACCCAGAUUGCAGGUGACGAGACAUCGCUCCCACAGUGGGACAUCCUUAGAUACUGGGUUUGGGAUUAGUGGUCUUAUUUGUGAAUUUGGGAUGACUUCAUAUUCUACUGGCCUGGGGAAGUUGAAACCUUUGGUUUAACAUGGCAGACUUCUGGUAGCCACCUAGAAAUAGUAUGUGAGGGCUGGCGUCUUGGCAUUUUGGGGAAAACCAAUAGGCAAUGGCUCACAUGGAGAUGGGAAAGAAUUCACCUUAAGGCACUAAGAACAUUCAUUAGAAUGAAGCCGCCCUUUCCCCGAGGACAUGACUGCCUUUCUCCCCUUUGCCACCAGCUGUGGGGUUUUGGCUUGCGCACUCCCUUCAGGUUGAGCUAAGUAAUGUAUUGUGGGAAGCUUCCCGGUUUCCUUUCAUUCAAUUCCACCUCCUUCCUGAGCUCCAUUAUAGGUUCAAAAGGGAAAAAAAUUCUGUAGGUGGCAAAUUGUGUGUGGAGGGUGUGUGGGUGCAUGGAGGGCAUUCUGCAACCUCGGACUCCCUGCUCCUUAUCUCGUUUCAUGCAGCCUUUUCUGAGCACCCAGGGCCUCCAUGCUGCCGGUCCCCAUGCAUGGCAACCGGCCCGUUGGUAGCUGUCAGUGUGAUUCAGGAAUAACACCUAGCUAUGGGUUGAUUUUUUUUUUUUGCCUUCUGCCAAGUGAUUGCCUCUGUUAAGUAUUUUCCAGCCUUCUAAUUUUUAAAUAAAAAUGACACCAUUAAGGAAAACCAUUCUCAUCUCCCCCCCCAACAAAAAAAAAAAAAAAGGGAGAAACACACAUGUAUGUUCUUUUUUGUCAAUAAACCCAGACUGGAUUCUAGCAAAGACAGGCCUCCACUCAAAGGCAGAGAUUCUGAGUGGAGUCCUAGUGCGCUGCUAACUAGCUGGUGGCCUUAGGCACCUGCAGAGUUUUGGGCACUAAGUUUUCCCUUCGUUGAGAGCUGGAAGGCUAGAUUAGCUGGUCGCUCACGCCCUGCCUGGUGCUGACAUUCUGCUAAAUCCUUGGAUUCUAGAUGUGAUGUUGGCUCUGUCUUUUCAAGGAAAACCUUGGAGUAGAGGGAAAAGCCCAGAAAAGCAACUUCCUUGCUUCCUGUUUAAGUCCUACCAUCCCUACCAGCCAAUCCCCAGCCAAGGAGGUCGUGCUUGAUGCAUUUCCACGGAAUCACAAGUGGGAGACACUUUUAUGACCUGGUGGACCAGGCAGGGGAUGCGGUGUCGGCUCUCCUGGUCCCUUCCUUGCCUCCGUGGGCCUUUCAGUGUCUUAGUUUACAAGUCUGCCAAAGGAGUAGAAUGAUACUUCUUUUUACAGGUAGAUUUCAAGGCAUGAUCAGUUUUCAGGAAGUGCUUCAAGACCCCAGGCGACAUGAAAAUGCUAAGAACUCGCUGAAUUUCUAUCCCUGUUAUAAGGUGCUGCUGCUUCAGAUGACAGGGAGCACUUUUCAGGGUGAAAUUCAGGUGAGUGUCGCCCGGGCCUGCUGUCUUGAGUACAAAUGUGAAUGAUUGACUGACUGCUUAUUGCCAAACUGGAAAUGUUCUGUAGGGAUUAACUGGCUUGGUAUCAUUCCUAGAAGAAAAAAAAAAGAGAGAGAAACUUGACUGCACAUUUUUUUUUAAGAAAAAAAAAAUCCAUGUUGUGACUUUUAUUUAAUUUCUAUUUUUUUUGGUAAUAAAAAGUUGACUUUUUUAUUUGAA